AUGAAGAUGUCCACAAAACGACUUGGGCAAGCCAUGGAAGCUCUCAACGGCUCAUCGAGAAAGCGUCAUACCAAACAUGACGUACAAACAUGGCUCUCCGCCGCCAUAACUUUCCAACAGUCAUGCAAAGACUCCGUCAUCGACUCUGGUCGCUCGUCCUCCUCCGCUGCGAUCAGCCACAUAACACAGAAAAUGGAUCACCUCUCUCGGCUCGUCAGCAACUCCUUGGCACUCCUAGACAAAUUCAUGGAGAAUCCAAAGCCAAAGUCAAACUCAACCGUCCUUCCCCGGUGGGUUUCGGCCGGACAACGGAGACUUCUAGUAGGGAGACCACACGUGGUAGUCGCCAAAGACGGAUCCGGUGAUUACCGAACCGUGAUGGAGGCUGUCACCUCUGCCCACGGGAAUGGCAGGUUCGUAAUUUACGUGAAAAGAGGGAUCUACAAUGAGAAAGUAAGAAUCGAGAAAGAUGAGAUCACGUUGAUCGGAGAAGGCAAAGACCUGACGGUCAUUGUCGGUGAUGAUAGUGCCGCCGGAGGAACUUCGGUGCCGGACACCGCUACAAUGACGGUUACGGGUGACGGAUUUAUUGGACGGGACAUCGGAAUCAAGAACACGGCAGGGCCUAGAGGCCAACAAGCCAUAGCAUUAAGCAUCACAUCGGACCAAGCAGUGUUAUAUAGAUGUAGCAUCUCCGGUUAUCAAGACACACUCUACGCAGCUGCAUUGCGUCAGUUCUAUAGAGAAUGCGAUAUUUAUGGAACCAUUGAUUUCAUUUUCGGAAACGCGGCCGCGGUUUUCCAGAGCUGCAGCCUAUUCUUGCGUCGCCCUUAUGGUGUCAAAGCCUAUAACGUGAUUCUAGCUAACGGGAGGACGGACCAACAUCAAAAUACCGGAUUUGCACUUCAUAGUUGCAAGAUCCGUACGGAUAUGGAUUUUUCGGGCGUGAAACAUGGGUAUAGUUCAUACUUGGGACGGCCGUGGAAGAAGUUUUCGAGGUCUAUAGUGAUGGAAACGUAUAUUGACGAUGCGAUCGCGGAGGAAGGAUGGGCCGGGUGGUUAAACUCCGGAGACGAAGUGUUGAAGACGUUGUACUUCGGAGAGUUCAAGAACUAUGGUCCCAAAGCUAGGGUUUCCAAGAGAGUGACGUGGCAAGGGUUUCAUUUGAUUGGGUUUGAAGAGGCGAGUUAUUUUAGCGUUGGUAAAUUCAUUGAUGGAGUUUCUUGGUUGCCUUCUACGGGCAUAAGUUUCGCUUCGGGGAUUUAA